UUCUUGAGUCAUAUCUCCACAUACCGUAUCCCUAACAACGUCCAUAAGAAAGCAAAAACCCGAACAACAAUCUGUGAUAAUUACUUCAUUCAGAAUUGGGAGUGCUAUUCACUAAGCUAUAUAAUUUGUGUGUGCGUAUUUGACUAUUCCUUAUAUUUUUUGGCAAAGUAAGUAGAGAAAUAAAUUCAAAAUGGUUGCCGGCUGUGGACCCAAAAUCGCCAAGCUUUUCUUAUUCAUCUUCAACUUUAGCAUAUGGGCAACCGGUAUCGCCCUUAUAACCGUCGGGUCCUACGUGACUGCCAAACAGGCCGACUACCAGGAGCUAUUUGCGGAGGACACCUUGGUGAUUGUUUGUGCUUUGACAAUAGCCAUAGGAUGUUUCACUUUCAUUGUGGGAUUCUGCGGGUGCUGUGGUGCAAUGAAAGAAGGCGUUUGCCUCUUGAAAACGUACUGGUUCUUGAUGCUGCUAAUUAUUUGCGGUGAGAUUACUGCAGGUGUAUUGGCAUUCGUUUACAAUGAACAGAUUGAAGAAAGCAUGUUGAAAGGAAUGACCACAACGAUUAAUGAAACUUAUCCAAUUACAGAUGCCUCUAGGGAAGCAGUAGACGGUAUCCAAGAAGCGUCCGAGUGUUGUGGUGCGAGUGGAUACAAAGACUACGCAGGCUGCAAGAACUGUGAUCAGAACGAAGCGGUACCCGAGUCGUGCUGCGUAACAGACGCAGACAUAACGCAAUGUCAGUUGGGUACAAAAGGUUUUCCCCUUAAUCCAGAUCUUGUGUAUGGCGUGGGUUGCGUUGAAGCAUCAAUUGAUAUAGUCCAGGACAACUUUAUUCUCAUUGGCGCAGUUUGUAUCGCUCUUUUGGUCUUCGAGAUUUUGACAAUGGUCUUCACCUGUUGCGUAAUCGAUGGCAUACAGAAGGGGGAAUUUAAAUGAGUCGAUAAUCUGGAGCAAGCAAAUUCGGAUUUCCAUGAAAAUUUAAAUGAUUGAUUAAUCAUUAAUGUAAACUUACUAAUUGAAGUCAUUCGUGCCUGUUAAUUUAUUCGUUUUAAGUGCGUAAAUCACGAUUAUACUAAGUAUGUACGUCGUAUGACGUCUUUGCAUAAUAAUGUUAAACACAAACAAAGAGGGGGGCGGGUUAAGGAUGUACAAUAAGUGAGCAUGUGGACAUAAUGCUUAUAUGUUUUUGGAAGAUGUUCUUUUCUUUUAAUAAACGCAAGCCGCUUCAACGUUAUCGUGGAAACCUAUGCAAUAUAUUAAUGAUAUCCGUUAUUGACACACAAGAAUGGAAAUUAAUUACGAUAAGAAAUACAGCAAUAAAUGAAUGAAACCAUACAUAACUUCAUGCGUAGACAGUAUGUCUAGGAUAGAUUUAUAACUGAAAUCUAGAGGGUGUGAUUUCCUGAUACGAACUUAUACUCAGAUAGUUAUUGCCGACGACAGUUGAAUUGCGUUGUGACGUUGAAAAAUGCAAACCUAUUCGGCAAAUCGUAAACGUUUUCGUUUUCCUCCAUGCAUAAUUAUGCUGUGGAUCCAAGCCAAUUAAUUCUCUCCUUCCGUCUACAUUAUGUCCGUCGAUCUGAGAGUGAUCAGUCUUGUCGUCAACUUUUUAUUCUUUGUUUAUAUCACCUGUACUAUUUUCGAAUAAUUGUAAAUAUGAAGUGAGUUUAAUGUAUUUUUAGAAAAGAAGGUAAUGGCUAUAAGACGGAUAUCUUAACCGGAACUAAGAUUAAUGUUGCAUGCUUUGAACAAUACAUGUUUUGCUUCACAUUGAAUAAGAAGGGAAAACGCAUUGUGAGGCCAUUAACGCUUUUUGUUGCUUUUUGUUGUAAUUUUGUACUACCGCCCCAUUCCACAGAGGGUAGACCUUUUAAUAAUAAUUAUACUUGCUUAUAUAGCGCCUAACACUUACUUUGUCAGAAGUCUCUAAGCGCUCUACAAUAUAUGCAGCAUAAUUACCCUGGCUUUAGCAGUGCAGCUGUUACGCGCGCUGCGUUUCAAGGAAUAAAUUCCUGCCAGGUACCCAUUUACCUCACCUGGGUUGAGUGACCUUCGAAAGACAAAAAAAAUUGGCAAGGUCUUAAAGCAGUCUUCAAGAUUACUGAAAUUUGUCAUCUCUAUUGAAUAGCUCAGAAAGACCCCUUAAAGAACUCUGAAGAAGAGAUUGGUAUACUUCUUGUUUUACUGGGCUUAGACUAGUCUGCUAGUCAUAUUUGGAGAUCUUUUAAUGGUCUAUCAGAGAUCUUUUAUGCCACAAGUGAUCUUUCAGAAUUCUUUCGAUGGACUUUUCCUGGUCUUUCAAUGAUCCCUCAUGCGCUUUACAGUGAUGUCCACCAAAGUCCUAAGAGACUGUCGAAAGAUCAUGGAAAGACUAAUAAGAACUUUGAAAAUUCAUCGAAAGGCCACUGAAAGACUGCUGAAGGACCACCAAAAGACCAAUUUUCUGUAAGACCGCUGAAAAAUUGUUUUGAACCGUUUCAAAAGGUUUUGGUGCUCAUGGAAACCAUGAAGACCACUGAAAGAUCCACCAGGACUCCUAAAAGACCUCGGAGAUCUUUGAAAGUUCGUUGAAAGACUUUUGAAAGAUCAAGCAAUUUUCAUGGUCUUACAGCAGUUUUCAGAGGCCUUGCUCUCUGUGUAAUAGGGGUUGUAGGUUUAUUAUACAUGUAGAUGUAAACCAUAGUGAUUGUAAUCAUAUUUUUUUAUGCUACUUGCUCGAGAUUAUGUAAGCAUCAAAAUCUUCAUGACUUUCCACUUAAUGAAGAAAAUGCAAUUGGCUAUCAUUUCAAAAGAAAUUGAGGUCGUUCAGCUAAUAUUAAUAACGAAUUCUCUGAAUUUUCUGAGUUUUAUUUGGGAGCUUGGAUGUCAUGCACUGUUGCAUGUGUAACUAAUUUGAGUGAGAUUUACGUAUACUUUUACUUGUAGAUAUAUUACUUAAUCAUCAUUCUAUUGAUAUAAUGUCUGUAACGGGAGUCAAAUUAGAUGGGAAGUCAAAAUAUGAGAAAACUUGACAGUUUGAAAAUCCAUUCUGGAUGAUAUCUGAUAUGUUGCCAUCACAUGCCAGUAGAAUAUAGGGGUAUUUUUUUUUCUCUGCCCAAGCUGUACCUAAACAUUGAGAUGAAGGUUUUUGUGCCGAUAUGUAUAUUGUAUAUCGUGAUAUCAAUUUUUAGCUGAUUUUGAUAAAACCUUUGUACAUAUACCAAAUACUAAUGUAGGCAGUUACGUCAUGAAGGGAGCAAAUAAAAAAGAAGGGGUGGAAUUUUA